UAUUUUUGGCCAUCCGACUUCACUGCAGUCUGCCGCUCUCCUUCUCCGGCCAUGGCGCUCCUACUUUCAGCCAGCUUCUCAUUGCCGCACUACCACCGCCAAACUCAAUUUCAGACAUCUUACUCAAGGAGAUUAACUGGUGGAAGACUUUCAAAUUCACUUACCAGUCGAGCAGUGAAAAAGCGUGUAUCAGGCAAGUAUUGUGGCGAAGGCAUGAUUUCAUUGACGGGGAGGCAUUCGAGAGAAUGGGUUGAUGUAGGUGGUGCAUGUUGUUGUGUACAUGUCUGGAUUUCAGGGUUUUGGAUGGGGCCAGAUGCAGAAGACGGAUGGGGUUUCGUAGAAGCCACUGUAUAUAUGUGCAAAAAAGACGAUUCCGUCGCCUUGGCGGCCCCCACACUCCGGCCCAACAUCAUGUGA